AGAGGGCAUUAUCAAUAGUAAACGGUUAACUACAUUUCCCCGAAUCCCUUGGGGCAUUAGCCGCCGUGCUGGAUGACAGCUAUCCGGCGCCGAAACACCGACAGGACACACUCUCCAACGCAAGAGCCAUGGCGGCCACGGGUGGAGGGAAAAUCAGAAGUCGGAGAUAUCACGUCGUCUCCAAACCUUACGCCAAGAGCAAGCAGCCGUCAGGCCUCAUCAGCCGAGUGACCGACACGGUCAAGAGCAUCGUUCCCUCCUGGCUGCAGAACUACUUCAAGAACGGGGAAGCUCCAGAAGGUGAAGCAGGAGGUGGUGGGGGGGAAGGAGAAGGAGGCGGAGAAGCGGCUGAUGUGACGGAGAACUGCCUGCUGCCUACCCCCAACGGCGGCAGAGAGGGGCCCCGCUCUCUUGAUGGAUGUCACUCACCUGAGCCGAGUACCAGUCACACGGAGCCCUCGUCCAGCCGGGCAUCACUCAACUUUCAGGACUACGUGCUGUCCCGGCCGCCGCUCAGCCACUCUCACCUCCACUUCUCGCCGCUGGAGUCCUCGUCGCCGGGGCUGGGCAGCGCCAGCUGCCUUUUCUCGCAGCCCUCCACCUCCUCGGCACCGGGGCCCUUCUCCACCGGCUUCUCUCUGGUCAAGGAGAUCAAGGACAACUUGUCGCAGCACGAGGAUGACAACAUCUCCACCACCAGCGGCUUCUCCUCGCGAGCCUCCGACAAAGACGUGCCCACAUCCAAGGCCGCGUCGGUUCCGCAGCUUUGGUCGCCAGACGCAGACAGAAGCAUCUCUGUGCCGCAGCCUUCUCAGUCAAGUCUGAAAAGGCCUGCCUUCAACCUGUCUGUCUUUGGCACGUCCGCCAAUUCGACGCUGAACAGCACAGUGCUGAAUUCCAGCCAGCUGGGAGAUUCGCCCUUUUACCCCGGGAAGACCUCCUAUGGCGGAGCGGCCGCCGUCAGGAGCGCUCACACGCGCCCCGGGACGCCGUACCAGGCACCGCUGAGAAGGCAGAUUAAAGCCAAGCCGGCCGGCGCGCACCCCUGCGGGGUGACCAGCGCCACAGCCCGACGCAUCCUGCAGUCUUUGGAGCGCAUGUCCAGUCCUCUUGCAGAUGCCAAGAGGAUUCCAGCAGCAACAUUACCCUGCGCAAUGUCGAUGGAGGGCGGCAAUCUUGAUGGGUCUCAUUUGCCAUCCAAAAAGAAACGGCGAGAUUCCAGUCACCCGCCAGUGCAGAAACUGGUGGUCCCUGCCGCCAUUUCCAUUUCUGCCUCGGCGAACCGCGCCGUCUCCUUCAGGCCCAGUUUGACCCCAGGCGGGCCCGGCCGGAAUCUGGACCAUCUGCCCAGAGACAAGCCCGCCAGACAAUCACCUCUACUACCUGACAGAAGCCCAGGAGGCCCUUCUCAAAGCACAAUUGGGUCCAGCGGCGCCACCUACCCCAUGUCCAGCACGCCUGCUCCCAGCAGCUCUGGAGGCGGCAAGAUGAAGACCGAGCGGAAGACUGCACGGCCGUCCUCCAAGCGCACUGAGGACGACAAGGUGGCUGAGCUCCCAGACCUUCGACCGAUUUCACUUCCCAUCAGCACGUCUGCCUUGCCCACCUUCAGCUUCUCCUCCCCGCUGCCCCCCGCCACUGCCUCCAGCGUCACCUCUGUCAAGGAAAUCGCCAUGAACAAGGCGACACCCGUUUCACCCUCCUGUGUCAUACCCUUUACCUUCUCCUCGCCCAUUGUCAAAGCGACCCCUGCUAGUCCUCCUAAUUUCUCCCCGACAGCUGGCUUUACAUUCAGUGCCCCUGUAACAAAAAUCGGUCCUUCCAUGUCAAAUGGGAAGCUGGCCACACCCAUAGCAUCACCAGUGAAAAUAUCGACAAACGCAAGCACAGAAGACUUUGACGGACCUUUCAAACCAGCCAAGACACUGAAGCAGGGCAGCGUGCUGGACCUCCUCAAGACCCCCGGCUUUGCUUCAACGACCGUGCAAAAGUCACCCGAGACUUCCACACAGUCCUCUGCCCAUUCCUCCUCCUCCUCCACCGCAUCCUCCACAUCCUCCUCUACAGCCCUUAGUGACUUUUUCAAAGCCCCAGCCGGGUGGAGCUGCAACGUUUGCUUGGUGCAAAACAAGCCGUCGGAUACAAAGUGCGUGUGCUGCAUGGCCCCUCAGCCUGCCGCCACAACCAAGGACAAUAAAACAACGGCCCCGGCACUUUCGGAGGCAAAAAGCAGCACAAACAGCACCUCCGUCGGGUCGCCCUUCUUCAAAUCGGCGCCAACUUGGGAGUGCGACACGUGUCUGGUCUUCAACAAGCCCGAAGCCGUCAAGUGUGUAGCCUGCGAGACUGCCAAGCCUGGCACGGGGCUCAAAGCCUCGUCCUCUCUGCCCUCCGCCUUCUCCGCCGUUAAGAGGGCGGCCAGCCCCGCUCCCGUCGCCUCCACGACGCCACUUGCAGGAUUUGAAGACAAGCGCAAGAAACCAGACGGCGCUUCGGACGGCGACAUUAGUGUGGUACAGAACAAGGCCGCCGAUACGGACCCUAAACCAGGAGCAUCUGCGGGAGCCCCCACUGCCGCCAGCAGCACGUUAUCGUUCAGCUUUGGGGACAAGUUGAAGAAGCCCGAGAACUCCUGGGACUGCGACGUGUGUCUGCUGCAAAACAAGGCCGCCAACGUCAAGUGCGUCGCUUGUCAGGCAGCCAAGCCUGGAACGCCGGCGGAGCUCCAAGGAUCUUCGACUACCUCUGCUUCUGGAGGUUUCACAUUUGGCACAACCAACAGUACCUCAGAGUCUACAUCUGGAGGGUUCAAGUUUGGUGUGGCCUCGUCGGAAUCCUCCUCCUCCUCAUUGGGAGGAUUCAAGUUCGGCAUCCCAUUCGGAAACGGCUCGUCAGAAGCCCCCGCGAAAGACGGUAAUACCUCACUAGGCUUCAAGUUCAGCGCCUCGUCCGAGGGCUUAAAAUUCGGGAUUGCCCCCGGCGAUGACAAAAAGCCGGAGCAGCUUGCGGCCCCUGCUGGCUUCAAGUUCGGAUCCAGCGGCGAGAUCUCGUUGGCGGCGGGAUCAUCAAGCACGGAAAGUAGCAGCUCCUCCAAAACGUCCUUCAGCUUUGGCCUUUCCAAACCCGAGGACAAAACGUUAGAAGACGCCGCCACCUCGUCGUCGUCUGUUGCCAUCACCGCGCCCGCUUCCUCUCACGAGAAGAGCAGCGGCAAUGAUGGCGCGGCAACAGACGCCGCCGCCGCCUCCUCUGUGUUUGGGACGCCCACCCUUGCCACCUCCACACCACCCGGGGGCCCAACCUUUGGCUCGCUACCAGCCGAGAAGAAACCCGCCGCCCCCACAUUCACAUUCGGGAAGCCGGAAGAGGAGAAGAAGGAGGCACCCGCCACCUCCACUCCGUCUGCCUUCCUCUUUGGCAGCGCGAGUAAGGACGCCGACCCCGCGCCUGUGAUCUCGGGAGGCUUUUCCUUCGGCAAGCCGAGCGUGCCGGCGGAGCAGCCGCAGCAGCCGGCGCCGCCAGCGCUGCCUCCUUUUACUUUUGGAAAAGCAGAUGACAAGAACGACGCCUCGAAUUCAAAAGCGGCAAAUUCCUCUUUUGUAUUUGGACAAAGUGCUCCAGCUUCCGAUGCCUCCAAAAUGCCGUUCUUCUUCAUGGGAAGCAACGCCAGCACGACCAGCAGCUCCUCGUCCACCCCGUCCUCCAGUCUAUUUGGCAGCAGCACGCAGGCCCUCGCUCCCGCACCUGCCGCAACUCCCAGCACUUUCAUGUUCGGCCUACCCGCUGCCGCCGCCGCCGCCCCGGCGGCUAGCGACGCCCCCCCGGCCAAAGCCUUCGUCUUCGGGCAAAGCCAGGACACCCCGUCGGCCGCCCCCGUCAACUCGGCCCCGCCUCAAACCGCGCAACCCUUCAUUUUCGGCGUGGCCGCCAAUCCUGCGGCACCUCCUGCGCCUUCCAUCAACUUUGGCGCUUCGGCGCCGUCUGCUACCUCCUCUCCAGCUCCCAACCCCUUCCUUGUCAGCUCCUCCAACGCCGCAGAUUUCGGAGCCAAUCAGACGCCGGCAUUCGGCUCGUCUUUCAGCUCGCCGUUCCCGUCGGCCGCUUCCCAGACCCCCGCGUUCGGCGCCAAGCCCGCCGCCGCCGCACCCGUCUUCGGCCAGCAGGCCAACUCCACCCCCGCCUUCGGCGGCGCCACCGCAAACUCGGCACAAGGUGGAGGCUUUCAGUUCGGAGGAGCCAGCGCGUUCGGGUCCACCAACAGCACAGGAGUUUUCAAUUUUGGAGCGGGGGCAGCGGCAUCUCCCGCCCCGGCUGCCUCUAGUGGCGGCGGGUUCAACUUUUCACAGCCCCUCUCUUUCAACAUCGGAUCAUCCAAAUCCUUUACGUCAUCGCCCGCCGGGCAGCAAACAAUUGCCGGGCGCAAGAUCAAGACGGCAGUGCGGCGCCGGAAAUAGACGGAUGCCACUUGGACAGACGACUGAUUCAGGAAUUAAGCGCUCAACUUGGACUGAAAUCUUUUUUUUUUGUUUUGUUUUUUUUGGGGGGGGGGCGCGGGGCAAUUGGCGCUCUGACAGAACACUUGACAACAAUCAGACGCCAAUGGACAUCUCUCUAUUUUCUGCUCGACCCAAGGCUUUUUUUUUUUUUUUUUUGUAAUAAAAUGACAAAAA